CAUCUAGAAUUUAUAGUUUAAAAAACCACUACUACUUCCUCCACUUCUCUUCCCAAAACUGCACUUGCACUUGGAAAAAAAAUCCCCAUUCCUCAUGGAAAACUCCAAACCAUUAGCCACAGAGAGUUUUUCUUACAGCUGGUUAGUGGACAGAAAUCAACACUCUCUUGAUGUCCUAGCUGAGAUGAUCUCACCCCAAAAAUCAUGUGAAAGGGAUCAAAACUUCAACUUUGAUGUUUCUUUGACAGCAUUCCAUGCUGCCCUUGUUCAUGCUGAUGAAAUAUUUGCAGACGGGAAGCUCACGCCGGUCUAUACCUUGAAAAAGACUCCAGAUUACGCCCCUGCAUCGCCUCUUUCCUCGUACAUAACAAGAAGUCCAUUUGAUCAUGGGUGCAAGAAGCAGUCUUGUCUGGUUGAGAAAUGGAGAAGGUCAUCAAAGUGGAUCUUGCACAAGUGUUUUGGAUUGAUUAGGCCGUUGUACAAAAGCUCGAUGAACAACAGUAGAGUUGAUGAUCUUGAGAGAAAGGUCUGUGAGGUUCGGAGCUGGACUAAUUCUCUGCAGGCAUCACCAAGGCCUAGCUCAGCUUCUUCCCUCAAGAAGACGAGGAGUUGGGCCGCUUCCCCUCAAGCCUCGCCUAGAUUGAGCCCGUCUCGUGCUAGUAGUGCUUGGUGUGGUGAUGAAAGCUCAAUCCAUGAAGCAAUUCUCUACUGUAAAAGAUCAAUAGAAAAAUAAAGGAAUUUUCAUCUGCACAGAGAAGAACAACAUGAUCAAGCUGAACAGAAACCAAACUCAAGAAAUGAAGCCUUGUUAUGUAAUUUUCUCGUAGUUUCUUUUUUAUCCUUUAGUAUUUAAAAGGAAAAGAGUGUGACAAUAAUUUUGGAAUUCCACUCAAGGCAUUGUGCAAUCUGUCAAUCCUUGUGUUGUAAAAUGAAAAUUUCUCCACACUGUACAUACUAUCUGUUAUUUGUCCUGGAGAAAAAUAGAUCAAUAGACACUCUUUUUUCAUGAUAA